AUGAAAGAAGGAAGCGGAUACAAAAAAGGUUUCUGGACAGUGGAGGAAGACAGAAUUCUCAAGGAGUAUGUAAGGAAGCAUGGGAAAGGCAGGUGGAAUCGAGUUGCUAAUAUGACAGGGUUGAAGAGGUGUGGCAAGAGUUGCAGAUUAAGGUGGAUUAAUUAUCUUUGCCCUAAUGUAAAUCGUGAAGAUUUUACGGAGGAAGAAGAUGACCUCAUCAAUAGGCUCCAUAACCUCCUUGGAAACAGGUGGGCUUUAAUCGCUGGGAGAGUGCCUGGACGAACCGACAACCAAGUGAAGAACCACUGGAACACUCGUUUGAGGAAAAAGCUAGAAAAAAUCAACAAGCAAAAAAACAAAGCUAUAGCUUCUUCACAAACCCUACCCACAGCAACAGAAGAGAAGUUCAAUAUCUCUCAGGAGACGAAGACGAAGACGAACUAUGGAGCAUCAGUUGGAGCUACAAGUCAAAAAGUGCUUGAAGGGGGCUGCUCUGAAGGCACAAAGGGGUUGUUUGACACACUACUAGAGCCAACCCUGAAUAAUGAUGGUUACGAUAGCUCUUUUUGGUUUUUGGAUGAUGGUUUUAACGUGAAUGCUCCUGAUUUAAUAGGUCUUUUGGGUCAAUGUUCUCCUGAUGAUUUUGUUUGGAAUGGAUUUUAA